GCUGUUCAUAUAUUGUUGAGAGACGUUUUACACGUACCAACAGCAGGAAAUAACCUACUCUCUAUAAGUCGGCUCGACAAACAAGGUGGAAGAGCUAUAAUUGGAAAAGGGCAGAUUAGUUUGCUCGAUGAAAAACACUGUACAAUAGCCACCAGUCGACGAGAGAAUAGACUGUACUUCUUGGAC